GCUCGAUAUCGGGUUCGUACGACACAACAACUAUGGCGUUUUUGGUGCUGCUGUCCAUCGUCGGCGUACUGCUCGUACUGCAGUACCUGAUGCUCUACACGGCCAGACAUUGCAGCGCGAUUCCAACGGUGCAGCCCAGCUACCCGAUCGUGGGAAAUUUGUUAUCCUUUUGGAACAACUCGUCCAUGCAAGCUUUCUGGAUGCUGGUGAAAAGCUUCCGAGGUGUCGAUCGAAUGGCUAAGAUGGUGCUUGGCCCCAAACUGUUGAUUUUGAUCAACCAUCCUGAGCUGCUGCAGAAGGUGCUGAUGAACAACGAGAUGCUCGACAAGCCGUUCUUUUACGACUUUAUGGGGCUGGGCGGUGGAUUGGUCUCGGAACGCGACGGCAAACGAUGGCUCAUGGAGCGCAAGGUGCUCAAUCCUACGUUCAAUACCCGCAUGUUGACCAGCUUCCUGUCGAUCAUGGACACUCGGGCUAGCAAGAUGGUGGCCAAUCUAAGAUCUGUGGCCGACGGACAUACGGAAGUGGACAUGAUAAGGUUUGUCGGCGAGUGUACUCUGGAGAUUGUGUACAACACGACGAUGGGUCGGAAUGCCAACGAACUACCCGGUCAACGGGAUUACAUGAAGAACUUGAACAUCUGUAUGGUACGGAUUGGAGAGCGAAUGAUGAACGUGUACCAGUUUUUCUAUGUGUUCUACCGGAUGACCAGUGCAUAUACAUCGGAUUUGGCAGCAAGAACAUUUUGCAACGAGUUUUCGGAUAAGAUCAUUCGAGAUCGACGAGUGGAGCUUCUGGAGGAGCAAAAACUGCCACUGAAAACAGACGAAUUUGAGAGAAAGUCUUUGAAUUUUCUCGAUCAAAUUCUUACCACAAAGAGGGAAGAUGGAACCGAGUUUACCGAUCGGGAGAUAUCAGACAACUUGUACACCGUUAUGGCUGGGGGCCACGAUACAUCAGCGUUGACUAUAUCUUACGCCUGUAUGAUGUUGGGAAUGUACCCAGAAAUUCAAGCGAAGGUCGUUGCCGAGAUGAACGAAGUCUUCUACGAUUCUUCGGUGCCCAUUACUCUGGAUACUUUGAAACAACUCGAGUACACCGAGCGAGUGAUCAAAGAAGUGCUGAGACUCUUUCCGCCAGUCCCAUUUGCGGCCAGACAAACAAGGAACGAGCUGGUGUUGGACGGAGUCAAGAUCCCACCGAAUCAGAUUUUAGUGAUCAACUUCUAUGCCUACCACCGGCGGAAGGACUUCUGGGGACCGGACCCGGAGCGGUUUGAUCCCGAUCGGUUCUUGCCGGAAGCAUCCCAGGGUAGGCAUCCGUACGCUUACUUACCAUUCAGUGCUGGGUUGAGAAACUGCAUCGGAAUGCGGUACGCGAUGAACUCGAUGCGGAUUAUGUUGCUGCGGAUUCUGCAGGAGUUCGAGAUCGGUACUAGCUUGAAGCAGGCGGAUAUGCGGUUAAAGUUUGAGGUUAUGCUUAAGCUGGUGGGACCACACAAUGUGUGGUUGAAGAAAAGGGUGAAAUGAUGAUGUUAUUAGUAUCGUUUAGAAUUACUUUUAUUAAAAUAAUAGUUUAACAAAUUA